UGCAGUUCUCUAGUUCAGUUUAAGUGUUUUUUUAAUUAAAUAAAUAAAAAUGACUGGUCGUGGUAAAGGAGGAAAAGGUUUGGGCAAAGGCGGAGCUAAGCGGCAUCGUAAGGUAUUGCGUGAUAACAUUCAAGGAAUCACGAAACCAGCAAUUCGUCGAUUGGCUCGUCGUGGAGGUGUAAAACGUAUUUCUGGUUUGAUUUACGAAGAAACACGUGGAGUGUUGAAAGUUUUUCUGGAAAAUGUUAUCCGAGAUGCCGUUACUUACACCGAACACGCUAAGCGUAAGACAGUUACAGCUAUGGAUGUAGUUUACGCUUUGAAGAGACAAGGGCGUACUCUUUACGGUAUGACUGGUCGUGGUAAAGGAGGAAAAGGUUUGGGCAAAGGCGGAGCUAAGCGGCAUCGUAAGGUAUUGCGUGAUAACAUUCAAGGAAUCACGAAACCAGCAAUUCGUCGAUUGGCUCGUCGUGGAGGUGUAAAACGUAUUUCUGGUUUGAUUUACGAAGAAACACGUGGAGUGUUGAAAGUUUUUCUGGAAAAUGUUAUCCGAGAUGCCGUUACUUACACCGAACACGCUAAGCGUAAGACAGUUACAGCUAUGGAUGUAGUUUACGCUUUGAAGAGACAAGGGCGUACUCUUUACGGUUUCGGAGGUUAAGAAUUUUAUUCGAAACAAACAAUCGGUCCUUUUCAGGACCACAAUUAAAUAUAAAAGAGAUUGAAAAUAGAAAUCAUACACCGUUGACGAACAAAAUACCUAAUUUUUUUUCAUUUGCCAAUGAAUAUAUGUAUGUAUAUACUAAAUAC